AUGGGAAACAGGACUCAUAUCCCUAACAAGGGAUUUUCCUACGACAAUAUCUACUGUGCUCCUUCAACCUAUGGGAUCUACUCCAAGUUUACGAAGGAGGAAAUUGAGGCGCUUUCCUCGGUAGUGCCGCUCAGCGACGAGCUCAAGACGGAGCUUGGCAACUUGUUCUGGCCGACGCCUGAGUACCUUGCUACUCUUCCGCCGCGUGACCCUGUCAAGGAUAAGAAGUGGGAGGAUGCGAUGCAAGUCAUCCUGUCGACGAAAACGGAUAUCCUCUCUAGCCUGUACGCCAGCUCUGUUGCAUCAACCUUCAACGUCCGCUUGCCCACGGAUGUCCUCGUCACCUUCUGGAUGGACGAGUUUAACCUGAUUCCGACGAGUACCCAGCUGAACCGCACGCUCUCGGUUCACUUCAUGUGCCAGAUGAUGCGGUUCUGUCUCAUCAAGAAGGGCACAUCCUUUGAACAGACGGCCAAUGAGCUCCAGAUGGACUUCGAGACAAUGACGCUGAUCCUUGCUGGACAGGUAAAGCCCAAUGCCGAGCAGGCCCGCAAGAUCAUUGAUUUUGUUGGACUCACUCGCUCCCCGGAGUUUUUUCACUUUAUCCUGGCCAAGGAGUACGACACGCUGCAUUCCUCGACCGCUGCGAGCUACUGUGAACCUGUUAUGAUCGACCUACGCCUGUACCUGAAGAACACGAGCUGCUAUAUCUUGGACGAUAUCAGCAAGCUCGAGCGCCAGGGUAUGACCGUUCAUUUGGAGAAGAGCACCUUUGAGUGUCAUGCCAAUGUGAAGGAGGAGAAGAUCCAAAUUGUCUUUGGCCUGACGUAA